AUGGCAACCACGAUUCUUGUUGUUAUUCUUAUUAUCACUAGUGUUCUUACUUACCCUAUAAAUGCGAGGAGCCUAAUGGCAAUGAAGGAAAAACCAAAAGCAUCAGCUGAUGAACAGAAUGAAUAUUUCCAGCACCCUUUAUCGCCUUUUUUUGGUGGUUUUGGUGGUGUUAGAGGUGCAAUUAGGCCUCCAUUUGGUUUAGGAGCCGGCUUUGGUGGAUUUGGUGGUAGUAUUGGAGGUGCUUUUGGAAGUGGUUUUGGUCCUUUCGCCGGAAAUGGUGGAACAAGUAGUGCUAGAAGUGGAAGUGGAAGUGGAAGUGGAAGUGGAUUUGGUUCUGGUAUUAAUGAAGGGUUUGGAAAUAAUGGUGGCAAUAAUCCUAAUGAUAAAAUUGAAGGUGAACUUGAUACAGGUGACCUAGGUGAGGGAGGUGAUGCAACAAUUAAAAAUGAUAUGCACCACCAUUGA